UUUUAAUAGAUCGAAAUAACAUAUUUACAGCUCUUUUAAGUAUAUGUCAAAAUAAAUAUCAACAGUCAUAUGUACAGUACAGUAAUACAGUACAAGGUUAUCAACUGCGGCAUUAAAUGUCUAGGACGCUAUUCUAUUAUUGGAGCAAUUCGUGAGCCGCAAUUUUGUCGUAGAACUCAAAAUUUUAGUGUUUUCCAAAGAGUUAACGUGUUGGUCUCCUAUGCAAUUUUGACAACCCCACGAAGAUGGAUGGGAACUACUUUUAAAAUAAAACAUGAUGACAGCAGGUUUUAUAUUGAAACCAAAGAAGGUGUUGCUCAGUUGAAGUAUGACAUUAACGAUGGAAUCAUGCAUAUUAAGCAUACUGGUGUUCCUACAGCUUUGGGUGGACACGGCAUAGGCAAGCUAUUAGCUAAGGCAGCAUUGGAUUAUGGUGUACAAAGCGGUCUCAUUCUGAAGGUAUCGUGCGGUUUUGUGAAGAAUUACGUUGAAGUUUACGAACCGCAGUUCCUGAAAUAUAUUAUGCAUUAACAGCUGUAAUUCUGUUCUUUUAAAUAAAGAAUAUAAUCAUCAAGUAUGGACUCGAA